AUGGCAGUUUCGGGUCGAAAGUUUUCUAAUUUUCAAGGAUCCAUAUCGAAAGUUUCAGCUGAAGACUUUGAACAUAGAUGUGAACCAUGUUUGGCGAUUGGUCAGCAAAUAGAAGCUCACGGAUUUUGUGUGGAUUGUCAAGAAUACUUGUGUAAGAACUGCUUUGCUUAUCAUCAAAGGAUAAAGGUGACCAAACAUCAUCACCUGGUCAACAAAGAUAAUAUGACUAAACAUUCUGUAAUCAAGGCGGAAUCAGACGAAUGCACUGAAAAGUGUCAGGUACACAAAAAGGAAGUGAUUAAAUUUUUCUGCCCAAAACAUGAAGCUCUCGGCUGCAACGAUUGUAUCGUCCUGAAUCACAGAGCCUGUGACAUUGACUAUAUACCUGAUAAAUGUGCAGGUAUUGGGGACAGUGCAGAGUUCAGAGAGGUACUGUGGGAGCUUGACCAGAAGGUGAAUGAAGUCGAGGAUGUUAUAAAGCAGGCCUCACAUAGAGAAAAAGAAUUAAAUUCGUUCCACGAUAAGCUACUCAAAGAAAUUACAACGUUUUGCAAAGAGUUAAAUGAUCGCUUAGACCAACUACAAAAACAAAUACAGACAGAUGCUGACAGAAAGAAAUCCACAGAUAAACAAACAGUAAAGAAUGUGCUUGAAACAUGUACAAACAUUUCUUCAGAUAUCAAACAACUACAGUCGAGACUACAAGAUUACAAAGCCUCACAGCAGAAUGGACAACUUUACAUUACAAUGAAACAAGCUAAAUCCAAACUAAAGUCAGACGAAAUAAAGGAGGCAGACAGAAGUUUAGAAAAGACAAAUAUGCAAUACACAUUUGAGCAAAACCAAGGUCUGGUAAACAUGCUUUCAAGACAAAAUGCCAUUGGAAAGCUCGCACUCUCUUCUCUUGUAACUUCAAAGGAGAGGAAGCCAAUUGAAACAUUAACCAAAAAAAUAAACAUAGAAAUAACGACAAAAUCUGAUCAGUAUCUAUGCCUUAUAACAGGAUGUGUUGUCCUGUCCUCUUACAGACUUCUGGUGGCUGACAAUCACAAUGCGAAACUGAAAGUUGUUGACAUAAAAAAUAAAGCUGUAAUAGAAGAGACAACACUUUCUUCGAAACCAUGGGACAUUGCAGUCCUGCCUCAGGACCAUAUUGCUGUGACAAUGCUAAAGACGGAAGAGAUCCUUAUAAUGACAACAUCAGGUAAACUGUCAACUGUUCACAAAUUUCCAUUUAAAGGAGCAUGUGGAGGUAUAGCUUAUCAUCAAGGUCAUCUCUAUAUAGUUUGCAGUGAUCCGAAUGGGGUAUUUAUUACAGAUACACAAGGUUACGUCCAGAACAAAGUUUUAUUGGAUAAUAAGAGAUUUCGCUUUCCAAGCUACCUUCUGCUAAGUAAGAAUAAGAAACAUAUCUUCAUCAGUGUCUAUGGUAGCAACAGUGUCGUCAGUAUAGCAUUACAAGGUAUAUCUGCUGAAUACGAAAACAAAGACUUUAAAUCACCAGUGGGAAUGAUGAUGCUAGACGAUGGAUCUUUGAUGGUGUGCUGCAGUGGGGACAAUGGCAGUAUACACUGUAUCUCGAGCGAUUUAAAGCAAGGUAACACAAUGAUAGAGGAUCUGUCAUACCCAUUUUCUAUGUGCUAUAAUCGAGAUCAACAUGAGGUCUAUGUCGGAGGUAACAUUAAUCAGAUGAUUGUGCUGAGUCCAAAAUAA